AUUUAAACGGAAAGCAAAUUUUCAUAGGGGUAAAAAUGGUGGCAUUAUCGCUGUACAAAGGAAACCUCCACAGAGUACCCGAAGCUCCACGCCGAUGGCUUAUGCCAACCCCCAAAAUCUCCCUCAAGGAUUUCAGAAUUCUCCUCCGUCGCCGGUCCCGAGCCCUCUCUCGCCUCCUCACUACCACCACUCCUCCCGACGCCGUCACCGCUGCUACCACUACCACCACCACCACCUACAACCCUAACCCUAAAACUGAGUCCAAUUCCAAUUCUCAGGAUGAGGUUCCUUCUUUGGUCCCAGUAAAGGCCGAGAAGGAAGAGGAGGUUCAAGGAGAGAAUGGGAAAUUGUCGGAGCAAUUGGUCGAUGCGUCUGAUGUGGUGGUUGAACCUAAGCUUGAGGUUUUGGAAAACGGCGAGAAAUUGGAGGUUUCGGUGAAUCCCCCUAGAUUCGAGACGAGCAACAAAGAGGAUGCAGCAACUGAUAAAGGGAAAAGAAAGAAGGAGAUUGAGGACAAAUUACAGAUUUUGAAUACGAAAAAGCACGGUUUGGUACAAUUAUUAAAACAGAUUCUGAAUGCAGAAGAGGAGCUAAAGAGACGGAGCAUGCAAGGUAUGGCAGUUCGGUCAUCACUCCCGCUUCAAGUGGAUACUACAAAUGACAGUGGAUCUAUGACUAGACUAAACACACCUAGAAUGGGCUCGGAUGGAAACCUCAUUGGCGAGAUGGAUGGAGAAGGGGGUGAUGAUGCUUCCAAUCAGAACAUGCUUUCUCGGAAUUUGCUUCGUAUGAGCAGUACAUCGCCAUCUUCAGAGUCUCAACUCAGGAAGACCCCCUACAAUGUGGUAAUUGCCCUAUCUACU